GAGGGGACGGAUGUGUGUGAGGGACGGACCGGAAGCGGGACAGCGGCCGGGGCCGGGAGCGGAGGCGCCGAGAGCGGAUGCCUGGGGUGGUCCAAGGCUCAAACACAGAACCUCUGUCGUCCCACGUCCCCCGACGUCGAGGCGAGACCAUGGCCAAGAUCCAGGCUCAUCUCCAGCAGAUCAACCAUCAGAUCCAAGCGCAGACCUACGCUGUGCAGAAACAGGCCCAGCAGCAAUUUCAGAGGCUGAAGUGUGCUUUUCAGGUGGAAGAUGCCUUGUCAUACCUGGACCAGGUUAAGAUGCAGUUCGGGAACAACCCGGCUGUUUACAACGAGUUCCUCGACAUCAUGAAGGAGUUUAAGUCGCAAAGUAUCGACACGCCUGGGGUCAUCGACAGGGUUUCCCGACUGUUCCAAGGACAUCCUGACCUGAUCCUGGGCUUCAAUGCUUUCCUGCCACCGGGUUACAGGAUAGAGAUUCAGAAGAACAAGGCAGUCAGUGUGCAUGGGCCGACCCUGGCUGAGACUCAGGUCCUCUCCGAAGUAGCCCACAAGCAAACGGCUCCGACCCCCAUUAAUGUGAGCGGCGCUCCCGUCACUACCACCACCGCGCACGGGGACCAGGUCCCAUCCCAGAGUCCGCUGGCGGGUCACAAGGAAGAGCGUGCGGAUCGCCGGGCGCCACGAGAGGACCAGGCAGCAAGGCCGGAGCACCACGAGGAGCCCGCUCCCAGCGACCCGCAUCCCGUCGAAUUCGACAACGCAAUAAGUUACGUGAAUAAAAUUAAGAACCGCUACCUGGACCGCCCAGAGGUUUACAAAUCUUUCCUGGAGAUCCUACAUACAUACCAGAAGGAGCAGUUGAUCGUCAAAGACACCAAGGGCAAGCCAUACUGCGGGAUGACUGAGGACGAGGUCUUUGCUAAAGUUGCGAACCUGUUCAGAGGCCAGGAAGAUCUGCUGACAGAGUUUGGUCAAUUCCUGCCGGAUGCUAAGCGAUCGCUGUUCACAGGAAACGCUUCCUCCGAAAAGGACGACAGUAAAACGGCCGAGGAAGAUGACGGAAACAAACACUCCCAGAGCAAGAAGCGGGUCAGACCUGCCCUGCUCUCCCAGGUUCCACCUCCAGUAAAGAAAAAGCUGAAGCUGUCGAGUGUGAAGGAUCGGUCUCUGGCCUCAGCGGGAAAACACGGCACCCUGCGCGAGUUCAGCUUCUUUGACCGGGUCCGCAGGGUUCUGAAGAGCCAAGAAGUGUACGAGAAUUUCUUACGCUGCAUCGCUCUCUUCAACCAGGAGGUGGUGUCAGGUUCUGAGCUGCUACAGCUGGUCACUCCCUUCCUGGGGAAGUUCCCUGAACUCUUUGCCCGUUUCAAGUCCUUCCUGGGUCAGAGGGAGCUGUCGCUCACGCAGCCGGUGCAGAGAGACCGACCUGUGGACGGAAUUGCGAGAGAGAUUGACUACGCCUCGUGCAAGCGACUGGGCUCCAGCUACAGAGCUCUGCCCAAAACCUACCAACAGCCCAAGUGUAGCGGCAGGACUGCAGUCUGCAAGGAGGUUCUCAACGACACUUGGGUCUCGUUCCCUUCCUGGUCAGAGGACUCGACGUUUGUCAGCUCCAAGAAGACUCCUUAUGAGGAGCAGCUUCACCGCUGUGAGGACGAGAGAUUCGAGCUCGAUGUCGUCCUGGAAACCAACCUGGCCACAAUCCGUGUGCUGGAGAGUGUGCAGAAGAAGCUGUCUCGGAUGUGCCCCGAAGACCAGGACAAGUACCAUUUGGACGACUGUUUGGGAGGGACGUCUGAGGUCAUCCACCGUCGAGCUAUUUACCGCAUCUACGGAGACAAAGCCCCAGAGAUAAUCGAUGGCCUCAAGAAGAAUCCCAUCACAGCCGUGCCUGUGGUACUCAAGAGGCUGAAAGCGAAGGAGGAUGAGUGGCGGGAGGCACAGCAAGGCUUCAACAAGAUCUGGCGGGAACAGUAUGAGAAGUCCUACCUGAAGUCCCUGGACCAUCAGGGCGUCAACUUCAAGCAGAAUGACACCAAGGCUCUGCGCUCGAAAAGCCUCCUGAACGAAAUCGAGAGCGUUUACGACGAGCGUCAGGAGCAGAACUCCGAGGAGGGUUGCCCCGGGGUUAACGGGCCCCACCUGACGUUCGUGUACGAGGACAAGCAGAUCCUGGAGGACGUAGCCUCGCUGCUGGUCUAUCACGUCAAGCGGCAACCGACCAUCCAGAAAGAGGACAAGGAUCACAUCAAGCGCAUCAUCUACCACUUCGUGCCCGACCUGUUCUUCUCCCGGCGCGGAGAGCUGAGUGAGUCUGAGUCCUCCACGGACGACGAGCUGGAAAGCGACCAGCGGCACAGCCAGGACAGCAACCGACACGGCCGGGAAAACGGAACGUCGCCGCAGAGCAGCGUGGCCGAGGAGAGGCUGGACCUGCGCGACACCAUGGCCGAGCACCAGAAGAACGUUGACGACGUCUACAACCUCUUCUUCGUCAACAACAACUGGUACUUCUUCCUCAGGCUCCACCAGAUCCUCUGCUACCGGCUGCUGAGGAUCUACCGGCAGGCGGAGAAGCAGCUACUGGAAUACCAGCUGGAGAAGGAGCGGGAGAAGCUGUUCCAGGAGGGCAGGAAAGAGAAAGUCUCCGACCCAGCCGUGGAGCUCCGACUGAAACAGCAAAGUGAGAUUGAGCUGGAGGAAUAUUACCCGGCGUUCCUGGACAUGGUUAGGAACCUGCUGGAUGGGAACAUUGAGCCGACGCAGUACGAAGACACGUUGCGCGAAAUGUUCACCAUCCAUGCUUACAUCGGCUUCACCGUGGACAAGCUGAUCCAGAACAUCGUGCGACAGUUGCAGCACCUGGUCAGCGAUGACGUGUGCGUGCAGGCCACAGAGCUGUACCUGAGCGAGAGGAAGCGAGGGGCCGCGGGGGGCGCGCUGACCUCCCAGUGCGUGAGAGCCACAUUGGAGGCAGCUUACCAGGUCAAGGCCGAGCGUAUCAUGCCCGACGAAAACUGCUUCAAGAUCAUGUUCAUCCAGAGUAAGGGCCAGGUUACUAUGACAGUCGAGCUGCUGGACACAGAGGAAGCACCAUCUGAUGACCCUCUGGAGGUGCAGAAUUUAACAAACUAUAUGGAGCAGUACGUGGGGCCAGAGGCCGCUCAGUUUGAUCAGUGCGAUGGUUUCUUUUACAAGCCUGUGUUUUUGCCGCGGAAUCUGCGAAAAUUUCGCAAGUGGCAGCAGAAGCAGUUCCUGUCCCUGAGGAACGAGAGCCGGAAUAACAGGCAACGCUGCCUGGGGGUGGAGAACUCCAACAGCAUGGACUGCAAGUUCAAGCUCAACACACACAAACUGGUGUACGUCAUGAACUCCGAGGACUUCAUGUACCGAUGUGGGGCCCUGCACCGAGCCCGAGAGUCACAGUCGCAGGUGGCCAGGUACCAGCAUCACCAAUUCCAGGAAUGGCACAACCGGUGGCUGGAGGAGAACGUGACAGACGAGACGGCUGAGCUGGUGCAGGACUGGCUGAUGGGCGAGGACGGGGAGGACAUGAUACCCUGUAAGACCGUCUGCAAGACCGACAUCAUCCACGACAUCCCGGUCAACAGAUACCGAGUGCAGUACAGCCGGUGCCCUCCCUCCCCGUGACCCGCGCUCAGGCCAUUGGCGCUCGCAGGCCGCUUUAACAUGCGUCGCCCACAUUGACACGCGUGUCGUCCGGUUUGAGACCGCCGCGAUGAUUUGCAUUGGCUGAGGGAUGGGGAGGGAGAGAAGGGAGGGGCAGAGGUGGGGAAACGGGCUCUGGUGCAAUCGGAUGUUUACGACUGCACCGGUGUAGACAAAUCCCGCUGUUUGUCCAACGCCAAAAUGCACUUGAUGUAAAUAGACUUGGUUACAAAGACACACGCGCC